GCAGUCGGCCAGUGUGCGCCGCGCCGCGUCCGGGUGUGGGGCGUGUUAGUGCCUCGUGUGUGCGCGUGUGUGAGUGCGGGGCGAAAGUUCGUCGGCGGUCGGCCGGCCAUUCACGAGCUGCUCGAGGCAAUCGGAGCAGCAAGCCCACCCGCUCGGAGAGCCCGAACCGCCUUGCCACCUUCACGCCCCGCCGGGCACACCGCGGGCAUCAUCGGGGCUCGCCAUGCGGCUCGGGGCGUACGUGCCCAACUUCGCGGCGGAGACGACCCAGGGCCGUCUCCAGUUCUACGACUGGCUGGGCGACUCAUGGUGCAUUCUCUUCUCACACCCGGCCGACUUCACGCCAGUAUGCACGUCCGAGCUGUGCCGGUUGGCAGAAAGUCACUGCGAGUUUUGGCAGCGCGGUGUCAAACUCCUGGCCCUGUCUUGCGACCGACUGCGGUCACACACCUCAUGGCUCGAGGACUUGAAGAAGUUUAGCCGGACCUUGCCGACGCAGUUUCCCUAUCCGAUCAUCGCGGACGAGUCACGCGAGCUGGCCGUCAUGCUGGACAUGAUCGACGAGAACCAGAAGGACAACCCGGAGAUGGCCAUGACGGUCAGGUCCCUGUACAUCAUCGGGCCUGACCGCAGGGUCAAGCUCACCAUGCAGUACCCCAAUUCCACUGGGCGGAGUGUCGAGGAGAUACUACGGGUCAUCGACUCCCUCCAGCUGACAUCGAGAUUAAAGUGCGUGGCCACGCCCAGUGACUGGGAGCCUGGGAAGCAGCUGAUGAUCCUCCCGCACGUCAAGGACGAGGACCUGCCGGCGCUCUUCCCCGGCGGCGUGGACACCGUGGACACCCCGUCCGGCCAGAACUACAUCCGUACGACCAACGACGUGUGGCGGGAGCCGUGGCGCAGCCGGCAGCCGAAGCAAAGGCAGCCCGAGAUGUUCCACCCGACCCUUGCGGCGCAGUCCAUGGACGAGUCCACGUCCCUCAACGAAGUCAUCAAGUUCAUCGACGAAGUCGCCCGCAUGCCCAACCUGAAGCAGAUGCCGCUCAGCGACCUCAUGGAGCUCACGUCGUCCCUCGUGUCCGAGACGACCUACACGCAGAGCACCAGCGAGCGGCUGCAGGCCAUGACUAAGUUCUUGGGCGCGCUCACUCUCUGAGGGGGCCGUCGCGACGUGUCGCCCGGUCCGUUUUAAUAACAUUCGGCACCCCGGAAAGAAAUGUUGAGUGAUUCUUUAGUCCAUCAAAGCCUCGAGGCAUCGUAGUGAUCAAAAUAAAAUAAUCGUACACACGAACUUUCGAUGCGGCUUGUUAAGCUUCAACAUAGUGCCUCCAGCGUUAUAUUUAAAUAUAAGCCUCAUACACCUGAAAAUGAUGGGUUUUUGCCCUUAAAGUACCUCUUUGGUGCAAAUAAACCAUGGCACCGACAAGAUUUACAAUCAAAUGAUCACUUUUUUCCGGAGGGUAGCCUGAUUAUACUGAUCUCAAAACUCUAAAGAGUCUUCAAAGCAUUGCUCUGUAAUAGAAAGAAAAAGAAAGGCAUUGUGAAAUCCAGGAAGAAAUUAUUUGCGUAUCGGAAGAAAUUUGGUAACGAAGCAUUCUUUCAUGUCUGUAAUCAAUUCUACAACGCCUUAAAAUUCUUCCUAGUUAUGAUGCUUUGAAGACUUUUUGGAGUAAAAAAUAUGGAAAGCAAGUGUGCUAAAGACCAUAGAAAAUUUGCCAUGUUUACCACGCUGACCUCCAUGAGUAACUGUAAUAUAUGUAGUUAAUAACUGUAAAUACUUGUAAGUACAAAUAAGUAAAUUUAAAAAUUAGCAUAUAAUAAAUGAUUAUACAUAAAAGUUAGGGUAUCCUUUAACAGUCCUAUCGAUUCUGAAAUUGAUCGUGUUAAUGCCGUGUUGACACGCUGUUUCAGGGUUCAACCAAGGGUGAAUAGCAGCAAACACAAGACUGCAUAAUAAUAAAAACCAUCAUUGAA